UUCUUAGAAGCGUCCAACCAAAAUGAUUGUUCUAUGAAUUUCUACCAGCAUGUUGGCUGUUUCAGUGCAUGGUAGUUAGGUUUCACGGGCUUUGGGGCUAGAACCCGAUGACAAAAAGGGUUUGUACGUAUGACAAACAAAAUCAAAAUUAAAGUCUGUUUCAUCCAGUCUUGUAACAUUACACUGUGCCACAGAAUAUAGUAUCCCCUCAAUUUAUAUUGUCUAUGCAGUCCUGUUUUUUCUCUAAGCUUCGUUGGCAAUAUUAAUUAGCCAGUUCUGCCGGCCCGACGCUGCAAAUGACAAUACCAGACUGGUACGUGUAGUGUUUUUUUUUGUUCAUUUGGAAGUAUAAGUAAUCAUAAUGUGCAGCAUGCGUGACGGGAAUAUCUCAUGAAGUAGGUUCGGUACAUGUAGGCCUAUCUCAUAAUGCAUUUCAAUAUUCCAACAGCUGCUGGCAGUAACUUAGCCCAGCAGCUGUUGUGGUUUCAAAGAAGCAAUAUAAAUCGUGAAAUCGACUAAAAUUUACCAAUGAUCUGCGAAGUUCGAGCAGUGCACCGAACUGAACUGCAAAGUAUUGUUUCAAAAAUGGAGGGUGACUUAAAUCUAGGGGAUUUGGAUAUCACAGAGUACGUCUACGUCUCGACGACAUGUCUCAUGUGCAUCACGACAUUUUGUUUGAAUGUUGCCAUGGGUUGCAUACUCCAACCCCAAGACUUCAAGCGCCAGUGGAACACCAUCGGAGGGACUCUGGCUGGGGCCGUGCUGCAGUAUCUGGUUUUCCCAGCGACUGUCUUUAUGGUUAGUCACCUCAUGGGGCUACCAGGGCAGUACAGCAUUGGGAUGGCCCUGGUCGCGUCGUGUCCUGCCAGCGCAUUGACUGCUCUGGUGACUUAUUACAUCAACGGAGAUGUCUGCUUGAGUUUUUGUUUGACAGCCGUCAACAGCGCAGUUUCCAUAGGGUUUGCCCCGGCCAUGCUCCACCUAUACUCCCGUAGCUGGACGCACCAGACCCUCCAUAUUGCCCUGUGGCCAUUGAUCUCUGCUUUGGCACUGCACACCGCAUCCCCAAUCCUGGGCUACCUCGUCAAAAAGGGAUCAGAGGAUGUGGCAUGGUUUGUGGAAAAGAUUGGAACGGUGAUUGGUCUUCUCAGCUUCAUCAUCAAUUGCAUCAUUCAACUGGUGGCCCAUGGGAGGUACAUCCAGCGCGCCACAUGGGGUGUGUUCUUCGUUAUGCUUCUUCUACCAUCUCUGGGGUGGAUAUCGGCUUACGUCCUGGCCUUGCUGUUCCGUCAGAACGUCUGGAAGCGUCGCACCAUCUGCGUGGAGAUCCUGCUCCACAACAUCUCCCUGGCACUGUUGAUCCUUGGCACCACCUUCCACGAUUUCAAGGGCCGAAUUGACGUGGCUGGGGUGUUAAGCCUGUUUAACUCGAUCACAGGGCUGUACGCUCUGGUGGUCGUGGUCGCGUACAAUCUUCGCCCUGCGUGGACAAAAUCUGGAAGUGGGCGGUUGGAGCGGGCCGAGGAGUUGCACGACUUGAGUCCAGAUCAGAACCCAUCUGAGGACUCGGAUGAGGAAAAUGGACUCUCAACUCCCAAGGGUGAAUCUACGAAGGGAAAUGGAGGGAUAGCUAACAACCGACCAAUAGCAAUGGUAUGGGGACCUCUUGCCGUAACAAGCACCAGCCGUGAGGAUGCAAAGUCGACCCUUCCCGCGCCAAAGACAUACCCGAGCAGGCUGGCUAAAUUAAAGCCGAGCGAUCCGCCUUUGUCUUUAAGACGGGGCCCAAUUCAAGUAUCCGUGAUAUGAAAACUGACAAAGUUGGGAUUUGAUUUGACUUGUGUACGGUGUGGUUUGGAAUUAAGAUUACAAUUUUGAGAUCUUAAGCCCCCCACCCAAUCAUUUGUUAGCUGUAUGCCGACUUGGACUCGAAGAGGGUAUCAUUUGCCAACAACAGGGUAGCUUUUGCAUGCCAAAUUUUGCUCAUCCUGAAAAAAAAAAGUUUUGUAUCAUUUUAACAGCCAUCAUCAUCAUGUCUCCUGCCCCAAAAGGUGUAGGGCACAUGUGGUUGCACAAGAGAUCUCUGUUCUGAAUGUCAUUUGUUGCUGUUGCAUAAUAAGUCCUAUCUGGUUGAGGUCUGCUAUGAUGGUAUCUAACAGACAGACAGGACGUUUCCAACCUGCUGACUUUGGGUCAAAGUCUACAAUGUUCCUUGUUGGGUGAUUCAGAGGCAGUCCUAUAUCAGUCCCCAGACAACUGUUGGUUGCGAAGCAGUGCAAGUCAAAUCUGGUAUCUCGACCGAUAGAUUGGAAUGUAGUAGAAUACGCUACAGCUUAAGAUUUCAGAAUUGGGUGCGAGUUUAAUCAUUCCUUCUUUAUCUCAACUGAUAGCAGUUGAGUUGUCACACAAGCAGCCAAUUGCUAAUAGGGAUCGACACAAAAGAAGACACAGGACAAGUGGAUAUGCUGGGAUUUGCCGGUUAUAAUCGGCUGUGCAAUGUUUUAUAUCCAGUCAAUUUUUUUAAAUUCUGAUUUUGCUAUUUCUUUUGCAACACCAACUCAAAAUAUGCAUGACAAUAUGCAUGACAAUAGUAGCAACCGAACAUAUAAGUGUUAAAUUAUAGAACUGAUCCUUCAGUCUUGUAAUUUUACCGCGUUCUGUUGAAAUUGACUUUGCUUUUAAAAACCAAAAAUGUGCACUGUAAACACAUUGCGAAGAUGAGUAAUUUCUUUUCUCUUUCUUUUUUGGGGGUUAAGUGUAAACAAUUUACUGUGUUAAAUUUAAAUUUUCUUCUUGGGCAAACACUCAAAGGGGACCCAUACCAUAUUAUCAUUACUUUUUUUUUUUUAACAAUCAUUAUAGUCAUUAAACAGAUUAAUCAAUAUAUUGCAAUAUACAAGUACAUAAUAACUUAUUAGUAACAAAACAAAUAAUUGUACAGGAAAACUGUUAAAGCUGACUCACCAUUGGAAAAAUCUGACUAAGAGAAAUCUGCUGUUCACCAAACAAACUGAAACUGAACAAAAUUAUAUUAAUAAUUACAAGAUUCCAAGUGAAAGUUAUACUUUUCACGAGUAACUGAAAUUGGGUUUCUGAAUAAUUUCCAUUGACUUGACCAAAUAUCCCUCAAACUAAUUUUAGAUAGAGAAAAAAA